UUCCCUUUACAGCUAUUAGCUUGAUGUUGUUUGUGUAACACGGCUAUUUUUUACUACAAGUGGAGAUUCGUUAUUAAAAUGAAGAAAUCUCACUGUUAGCUUGUCUCCGGAGCAGAGAUGGCUACCGAACAGCAGCCUAACUGGGCGGAUAUUCUUAAGAGGAGGUUAGCAAACUCCAAAAGAGACGAGAAGAGCGAAGAGGAAAAUAAAUCAGAAGAAACGGAGCUUUUCUCCAAAUAUUACACCGAGUGGAAAGGAGGAAGCAACAGCGGCAGCUCCUACAAGACCAUCCCACGGUUCUACUACAGGCUGCCAGCAGAAGAUGAAGUAUUGCUUCAGAAAUUAAGAGAGGAAUCCAGAGCUGUCUUUCUCCAGAGGAAGAGCAGAGAGCUGCUUGAUAAUGAGGAACUGCAGAAUUUGUGGUUUCUGCUCGAUAAGCACCAGGUGCCUCCACUGACUGGAGAAGAGGCCAUGAUCAACUAUGAAGCGUACCUGGAGGUGGGGGAAAAGGCUGGGAGCAAGUGCAAAAAAUUCUUCACAGCCAGAGUUUACGCCAAGCUGCUGCACAGUGACCCUUACGGGCGGAUCUCCAUCAUGCAGUUCUUCAACUAUGUCAUGAGGAAAGUGUGGCUGCAUCAGACCCGGAUAGGCCUGAGUCUGUAUGAUGUGGCUGGACAGGGGUACCUCAGAGAGUCUGAUCUAGAAAAUUACAUCCUGGAGCUGAUCCCCACUCUGCCUCAGCUGGACGGCUUGGAGAAGUCCUUCUACUCUUUCUACGUCUGCACCGCUGUCCGCAAGUUCUUCUUCUUCCUCGACCCACUCCGAACAGGAAAGAUUAAAAUCCAAGACAUCCUGGCCUGCAGUUUUCUGGAUGACUUAUUGGAGCUGAGAGACGAGGAGUUGUCUAAGGAGAGUCAGGACUCCAACUGGUUCUCGGCCCCGUCGGCUCUCCGAGUCUAUGGCCAGUACCUGAACCUGGAUAAGGACCACAACGGCAUGUUGAGCAAAGAGGAGCUUUCACGUUACGGCACGGCCACACUCACCUCUGUGUUUUUGGAUAGAGUCUUUCAGGAGUGCCUUACCUACGAGGGUGAAAUGGACUAUAAGACCUAUUUAGACUUUGUUUUGGCUCUGGAGAACAGGAAGGAGCCAGCAGCUUUACAGUACAUCUUUAAACUUUUGGACAUGGAGAAUCAAGGACACCUCAACGUCUUCUCCCUCAACUACUUCUUUAGGGCCAUUCAGGAACAGAUCAAGCUGCACGGACAGGAGCCGGUCUCCUUCCAGGAUGUAAAGGAUGAGAUCUUUGACAUGGUGAAGCCUAAAGACCCCUUCAAGAUCACACUGCAGGACCUGGUGAACAGCUGUCAGGGCGACACAGUGGUCAGCAUCCUGAUUGACCUCAACGGUUUCUGGACCUAUGAGAACAGAGAAGUGCUGGUCGCCAACGACAGUGACAGCGGCGGGGUUGGCGGGAGCAGCAUGGCUGACUUUGACGAUACAUGAAGAUGUUUCGGGGUUGAAACGUAAAGAGAAUUUCAUGUUUUACUCCCAAAAAAUGGCAGGACAUUGACCCUUCUCACCCGCACACAUGUGAAGGCCUCGAAGGCUGGAAGACUCUGAAGGAAAAAGGAGGAAUGUGCAAAUGCUGAUCUUUGUGUAAAUACUGAUCUUUUCUCCUACCUGUGAAAUCUAGGUGGGUUUACUACGAAGGUAAUUCAAUAUAGCUUUCUUCAUCUGGUCCUGUGAGGAAGCUGCUGCUUCUUCUUCCUUACAAAAUUUAAAAUGUUCAAAUGGGAAUAAA